GUCCUCCUCCCUCUGUUAACUUCCUCUCUGGCUGACUUAGCUGACAGCACCCCAACCUGGGGCCAGACCCCUGGCACUGGGACAGAUCCAGGGAUAGGUUAUAGCACCCUGCCCUGACCCUGGGAUUGGCACCAGCUUCUAGCCAGUACCUGGCAACGCUUGUCCUUGCAAUGGCCACGAACACUACAUCUCCCACAGCACACUCUGCACCAGGUGUCAUGUUCAUCUCUCUGCUGGCUAUCAUCCUAUUGUCAGUGGCGCUGGCUGUGGGGCUCCCUGGCAACAGCUUCGUGGUAUGGAGCAUCCUGAAAAAGAUGCGGAAGCGCUCUGUCACCGCCCUGCUGGUGCUGAACCUGGCCCUGGCCGACUUGGCUGUAUUGUUCACUGCUCCCUUUUUCCUCCACUUCCUGGCCCAAGGCACCUGGAGUUUUGGACUGUCUGGCUGCCGCCUGUGCCACUAUGUCUGCGGAGUCAGCAUGUAUGCCAGCGUCCUGCUUAUCACCACCAUGAGUCUGGACCGUUCGCUGGCGGUGGCCCACCCCUUUGUGUCCCAGAAGCUGCGCACCAAGGCUAUUGCCAGGAGGGUGCUGGCAGGCAUCUGGGUGUUGUCCUUCUUGCUGGCCACACCCGUCCUCGUGUACCGCAAGGUGAUCCUGGAACAGAACAGGAGCUUGGUCUGCUUCCCGAAGUACCCCACCGAAGGCCACAGGGCCUUCCAUCUCCUCUUCGAGGCCAUCACGGGCUUCCUGCUGCCCUUCCUGGCCGUGGUGGCCAGCUACUCGGACAUCUGGCGCAGGCUGCAGUCCCGGCGCUUCCGCCGCAGCCGCCGUACCGGCCGCCUGGUGGCGCUCAUCAUCUUGGCCUUCGCCGCCUUCUGGCUGCCCUACCACGUGGUGAACCUGGCGGAGGGGGCCCGCGCGCUGGCAGGUCGGGCCGUGGGCUCCGGGUGA